AUGAAUAGUGGUUACUGUGAUCGAUGUAAAAAUUAUUUUCGUUAUGUUGACUAUAAUCAAUGCUCGUAUCAUUCAUCAUCAACUGUCACCAAUGGUAUAUAUGCGUGUUGUGGAAAACAAUCAAAUGGUUUCUCUCUAUUUUUGAAUCAAUAUCAAUCGUUUGAAAAUGGUGGUGGAUGUCAAAAUGGUGAUCAUGUUUUGGAUGAUGCAUCCGAACAGUUAACAAAACUUAAUAAAUCUGAAUCAUUAUUAAAAUUAAUCAAACAGCAACAAACCAUGAAACAAUUGCCUGAUACUGCUAUAAAACAAAAUUUUCUAUUUCAAGUAAUUGAACAAUCAUUGUAUACUAAUAAUACUCUGACUAAUUCAUCCUCUCUGAUUACUCUAAAUACACCUAAUACAAUGACAAUGGUGGGAAUGAUUGGUAAGAAACCAUCGAGAUCUUUAUGGACAUAUUUAAUUGAUACGAAUCCAUUUGGACCUAAUUUAAAAUAUCAAUGGGAUGCUUGUAAAUCAACACGAUGGAAUCAAGAUACACAACGAGAAGAUGAACAUCGUCGAAAUGAUGUUAUGUUACGUUAUAUUCAAAAUGAACAAAUGGCAAAAUCAACCAUUAAUCGUAAUGUACAAACAAAAGAUUUAUCACUAUCAAAUACAAAUACACCAUCAGUCAAUUUUCCCGGUGGAUUCUAUUGUAGAAUAGAAAAUGAUUGGAGAAUGCGUACUUCAAAUACAACAACUGCCAAUAAUUCAAAUAAAGAUAGUCCAAACUCCAGUCUUUUAAAUCUUAAAAAUCGACAGCGUUUAUUAAAGUAA